UAAUAACAAAAAAAAAAGAGACACUCUGCACUUCAAAACUCUUAAACCCAUAAACCCAGACAAGCGAAGCAGGUCUGAGAGUGUUUUCCAUGGCGAAAAGGAUCUUGGCUUCCCUCCACCACCAUUUGCUCCGCCCUCAUGCUCAUCUUCCUUCCCUCGGUGUUUCAUGUAGUAGACUAAUUUCAACAACCACUGUGACUUCAAAUUCAAGUAAUGAUGAAAUCCCAUCUGAUUUACUUAUGCCCAAGAAAACUGCUUUCAUUCCAGAUCGUAAUCAAGGGGUGUACCAGGAUGUAGUAAUCCCUGUGACAAAUUUUCAUUUUGAAAAUAAGGGACUUAUGUCAUUAGCUGGGGAUGUGUUUGAUGUACCAAUCAGGAAAGAUAUUGUUCAUAGAGUUGUGAGAUGGCAGCUUGCCAAACGUCAACAGGGAACUCAUUCCACUAAAACAAUCAGUGAGGUAAGUGGAACUGGGAGAAAGCCGCAUCCCCAGAAGGGUACUGGUCGAGCAAGGCAGGGAUCACGACGUAGUCCUCAUAUGAGAGGAGGUUCUACCAUGCAUGGUCCUAAACCACGGAGUCAUGCUUUUAAACUAAACAAAAAGGUUCGGCGUUUGGGCUUGAAGAUUGCAUUAUCAGCACGCGCUGCAGAAGGGAAGCUUGUGAUUUUUGAUGACCUGGAGGUCCCUACUCACAAGACCAAAAACAUUGUUCAUUGGGUCAACGGGCUGGACGAUUCAAAGAAAUUGCUGUUGGUUGAUGAUGGUGUUAUUAAUGAAAAGUUGAAGUUGGCUACACAGAAUAUACAUUACGUUAAUGUGUUGCCUUCAAUUGGUUUGAAUGUCUACAGUAUCUUGCAGCAUGACACUUUGGUAAUGUCUCGUGCUGCUGUGAACCGGAUAGUUGAGCGGAUGAACACCCCAAUCAAACGGUGAGGAUAUGAGAAUUCGUAGUCAUAUUUUUUCAGGAGAUUUCAAACGACGUACAAUUUGGCAGCUAAAAAUGGGAUGUAGUUUAAAGUUGUUCAAGUUCAACCCAUUUCACUUAGCUUAGGAUGAAAUAUACUUGUACUUUCUCUGUAUGUGUCAACCAACCUGAUUGAACUGUGUGCAUGUAUUACUUGGCACAUUACAUGGCUUUUCAUGAAGCUGUAAAUCGUCUUAGCUCACAUGAGCCUUUCCCUGGCUUGUUAAUGUGAGCUUGAUACUUCAAUAAGGAACAAAACCUCUAGAUUGUGAUUUA